AACAACAAACUCAAAUGAUUUUAUUUUGAAAUUUGUCGUCAAUGAAAUUGAAAGAGCUAAAAAGGGUUCUGCGACAAUUUUGAACACAUUCGAGAAACUGGAGUAUGAUGUUAUCGAUGUCCGUUCAUCUGUUCUUUUGCCGAUUUAUGUUGUUGGACCAUUGCAUUAUCUCCAAAAUCAGAUCAACAAUAACAAUUUGAGGUUGCUUGGAUCAAAUCUUUGGAAAGAACAGUCAGAGUGUCUUGAAUGGCUUGACUUGAAAGAACCCAAGUCUUGUGUGUAUGUGAAUUUUGGACGCGUCACGGUCAUGACACCAAAACAACUUGUUGAGUUUGCUUGGGAACUAGCUAAUAGCAAUCAAACCUUCUUGUGGGUAAUAAUGCCUGAUCUUGUUGUUCAUGGUUUGGGUGUUUUUCCACCUGAAUUUAUGGAGGAGACAAAAGAUAGGGGUUGA